UACUCACUCGCUGACGUUUAGUCCGUUCUCGGAGCUUGUGUGUGAAGAAGCGGAGGUAUUUAAAAACAGGACACGAGGGACAUUGCGGAUAUUUAUGUUCUGCGUGCCACGCGGUUUUUAAGGUGAGAUGUAAGAUCGGAUGACUGCGCAUAUUUAUGACGGACUGUCCCUAACCUCUGUAGUCCCCAGAUCGGUGUAUGGCUACCUGGUUUUGGAUGGCCGGCCGGUAGGGGCCUGACUGUAACUAGUAGAAUGGCCUCCUUCAGCUCUAUGGACAGACACAUCCAGCAGACCAAUGACAGACUGCUCUGUAUCAAACAGCACUUACAGAACCCGGCAAAUUUCCAGACGGCAGCAACAGAGCUUCUUGACUGGUGCUCAGACCAGCGAGCAUUUCAGAGGCCCUUUGAGCAAAGCCUUAUGGGAUGCCUGACGGUGGUGAGCCGUGUAGCCACUCAGCGAGGGUUUGAUAUGGAUUUGGGGUAUCGGCUGCUGGCUGUGUGCGCUGCCAACAGGGAAAAGUUCACGCCCAAAUCUGCAGCUCUCCUGUCUUCAUGGUGUGAGGAGUUGGGGCGGCUCCUCCUGCUUCGGCACCAGAGGAACAGACAGAACGAUCCUGCGGCAAAAACUCCCAUACAGAGCAGCAUGAAACCCGCACUUAGCCAUGGCGAUGGAUCUUAUCCAUUUGAUUCUGUUCCUUGGCAACAGAACACUAAUCAGGCACCUGGAUCAGUCUCUGUAGUAACCACUGUCUGGGGUGUGACCAACACCUCCCAGAGUCAGGUUUUGGGGAACAAUAUGACAAAUCCCAACCCCCAUAUGAACCCUGCUAGUAACCCAAUGGCUGGAGGGAUAGGAGGGGCCAUGACCCCAGGGCCGUUUCCUGGGCAACAGCAGCAGUUCUCAGCCAAGGGUGGGGGCAAUGAGAGCUACAUGCAGCAGGGCAUGUAUGGGAGGGGCAGCUACCCUGAGCCAGGGGCAUACGGGGGCAGUUAUGGGGGAGGUACUAAUGGCCCUGGUGCAAUGGGCAUUAAUCCAAACUCCCGCCCCCAUUCUGACUUCAGCCAACCAGCUGCUGCUGCUGCUGCUGCUGCUGUUGCUGCUGCAGCUGCCACAGCAACUGCUACUGCCACGGCAACAGUUGCUGCCCUUCAAGAGACCCAGAACAAGGACAUGAGUCAGUAUGGGCCAAUGUGCUCUUCGUUCCAGAUGGGUGCGAACCAGACGUAUGGGGGGCAGUUCCUUAGCACCGCUGCCCCACGAGGACCCCCAGCUCUCCAGAGCUCUCUGACCCCAGGGGGCAUGGCAGGUACUCCCAUGGGCAUUGGACAACCCCGGGGGCAGAUGGGGCCUUAUGGAGGUCAGAGAAUGCCCCAGCAGGGUUACCCCAGUGGCCGCACACAGAACCUGCCUAUGAAGAGGCCCUACCCUGGAGAUGCUAGCUAUGGCGGGCAGCAAUGUGGACCAAACGGACAGUUUACACCCCAGCAGGGGCAGUACGCUGCACCAAAUGGCUCCAGGUCCUUACUCUCCCCUAACUAUCCCAGCCAGAGGGUCCCAGGGCAGGGGCAGAACCCUGGGCAGUACCCCCCCAGUGGGCCAGGCCUAGGGCACUUCUAUAAGCAGGAGCCUUUUAACUCUCCGAGUAAUAACUUCAGUGGCAGCUUCCAGUACAGUCAGGGGAAUACGAGCGGCCCUACAAGGCCAAUGGGUAACUACUCCCAUUCUCCAUUGCCGGGGAACCCCACGCCCCCGAUGACCCCAGGAAAUAGUAUUCCAUCAUAUCUGUCACCAAGUCCGGAUGUUAAACCUCCCUUCCCUCCAGACAUCAAACCUGGCAUGAGCUCUCUGCCGCCCCCCAGUAGCUGUGGGGAGGAGCUGAGGUUAACAUUCCCUGUGCGGGACGGUGUGGUGCUGGAGCCCUUCAGACUGGAACACAACCUGGCCGUCAGUAACCACGUAUUCCACCUGCGGCCCUCUGUCCAUCAGACCCUGAUGUGGAGGUCUGACUUAGAGCUACAGUUUAAGUGCUACCAUCACGAGGACCGUCAGAUGAACACUAACUGGCCUGCAUCGGUGCAGGUGAGCGUCAAUGCCACACCACUCACCAUCGAGCGCGGAGACAACAAGACAUCCCACAAACCCCUGCUCCUCAAGCAAGUGUGCCAGCCUGGAAGGAACACCAUCCAGAUCACUGUCACAGCCUGCUGCUGUUCGCACCUAUUCGUGCUGCAGCUGGUGCACAGACCGUCUGUGCGCUCCGUUCUACAGGGUUUACUGAAAAAACGCCUGCUGCCUGCUGAACACUGCAUCACUAAAGUGAAGAGAAAUUUCAGCAGCGUCGUGGUUUCUGCUGGUACUGGUGGUAUAAACAGCGAGGAUGGGGUGGAGCAGACAGCCAUUAAGGUCUCACUGAAAUGUCCCAUCACAUUCCGGCGGAUCCAGCUUCCGUCACGGGGACAUGACUGCAAACAUGUGCAGUGUUUCGAUUUGGAAUCAUAUUUGCAGCUAAACUGCGAGAGAGGAACCUGGAGAUGUCCUGUGUGCAAUAAAACCGCCCUGUUAGAGGGUUUGGAGGUCGAUCAGUACAUGUGGGGAAUUUUGAACGCUGUCCAGAAUUCGGAGUUUGAGGAAGUGACAAUCGACCCGUCAUGUAGCUGGCGGCCGGUGCCGGUCAAACCAGACGGUAAGAUCAAGGAGGACCCAGAUGGGCCACUGCUCAAGCGCCUUAAGAGCAUGAGCCCUAGCCAGAUGGUGCUGCCCAAUGUGAUGGAUAUGAUUGCACAGCUGGGGCCUGGGCUAAGGCCGUACUCCGGUGCAAGCACUCUGUCCCAACAAAACAGCACGAACCAUGGCGAGUUCCAUAGCCAAGGUAACAGUUACCAGGGCCAUGGUAGCUUUGAUUAUCCCCAUAGCAAUGUAGCAGAAGGAUCAGUGAAUGAGUUGAUGCAGGGGUCACAACUGUCCCACCCCCCCUCAGACCCACCCACCAGCAGCCUUCUGCCAGCGGACAAACCUCUCCCACUCUGCCCCAUAGACACGGUCUCUCGUGCAGAUCAAUCCCAGAAUCCCUUACAUCACAGUUUACAUGGGUCUCCACACUCCAUUAGUCAAUUAGGACAGCUGGUUCAACACAGUAGCCCAUGUCAGCCCUCCAGACCAUCCCCCAAUCAGCAGACCCAAGCCCCUGGCAGCCGCAUGCACCCAGACUUGACCUUUAACCCUUCGAACAGCUUGGAGGGCCAGACAGGAGGACAGGGAAUCUCAGACAUACCGGAGCCUUCUUUAGAUCUUCUCCCUGACUUGGCCAACCCAGAUGACCUGCUGUCCUACCUGGACCCACCAGAGCUUCCGAGCAGCAGCAAUGAUGACCUGCUCUCGCUCUUUGAGAACAACUGAGAGAAAGAGAGAGGGUGAGAGGGAGUGAGUGAGUGAGUGAGUGAGAGUGCCUCUCCUGUCUGUUUGCCCAACUGCAUAGACCCCAGCCUUUUGCUGUUGGUUUGGCUGGUAAGUGGGGUGAAGAUUUUCUGCCCGCUUCCUCUGUAGCAAUGCUCAAACAUAUGUUACUGUGCAGCACAAUCCAAUUUUAUAUGUUGCACAAAAGUCAAGUAAGUUUUAGGAAAUGUGUUGUAGCAUUUUUUAACACUCCUUUUUUGUUUUUUGGGGUUUUUUUGUUUGUUUGUUUGUUUUGUUUUUUGUUUUUAUAAGAAACACAAAUGGAAUUCAGAAAUCUUUCUGUUCUGGCUAGUAUGUUCCUACCCUUUUCUUAGGCGUCCCAGUGAAAUCAAAACAGUCCAAGGUAAGACCUCCAGAUGGUCUUUUUUCAGAUCAUUAGUACUUUUUGCUUCCAAAGCAUGUCACCCAAAAGCACAAGUAAAAGUGACAUGGAAAGAAAAGCAACACAAAAGGAAUAUUAUCCACAACAUAUUCCAUAUGCGGCUCUCCAUAUAUGUCAUGGACUGUGUUUUUGUGAGGAAAUCUGCUUUUAAUGACAACCUUGGUGGACAAAAGCAGAGACAAAGUUCCAUGUUACCCUGGGGAAGAUCUGACCCACCCUGUGAAAAAGCUUGAACAAUGAAAUAUUAAUCACUGUGUAGGGAAUUUCCAUCACUUCAUCAGAAUUAGCAGCAUAUUGUUGAAAGCAUCUACAAGAGUUCCCCAUCUCUUCAGUCAGCACUCAUUUGUCUGUGUGUGUGUGUGUGAGAGAGAGAGAGAGAGAGAGAGAGAGAGAGAGAGAGAGAGAGAGAGAGAGAGAGAGCACGAGCGAGAGAGAGAGAGAGAUAGAUCAUGCAUCCUAAACACUGGCUCUCAAAGCUGUUUGUGGAUAUCCUAGUGAUUGCAUAUGCACAUGCACACGUGCACACUUUUGAUUGAGCUAACAAGUGCUGAAGCUAUUUGAGAAACCCUGCCUUGCUGGCAGGUCCAUGUGGUGCUGUGAGAGAUUUAGACAUAGAUCUCCAUUUUAGCUUUUAGCCAACUUCUACCCAGUGCACUAGAUCAGCACUGUGCUGUCCAAUAUGCA